GAGGGUUUGUCCGUCCUCUGGUUCGGGAUGUCCGUGAUGAGGGUCCAUGGUCCAGGAGGUGCAUGGCGGCGUCGCUUCACGGGCCGUGGAAGUGGACGUCCCGAACGUGGGAAAUGGCGGUUUCGAAAUAUGAAAUUCGAAUUCCCACGCGUGCAUGACGACGCCGACGCGACGGAGCGGGGCGUUGGUGGGCAGGGCAGGGCACGACGCGCAGGGUUUGGUGGUCCUCGUUUGUUUCCAUCGCCUCCCAUACUUGAAGGGUGUGGGGUGACGACGGUUGUCAUUGUUGUCGACACGCAAAACCGACGACGCACACAAUCGGUCUGCGGUGGGCAUGUGUGUUCGCGUUUCCGUGGCCACGACGUCGGCGGCGGCGGGACACAUCCGUGGGCACAUCCCUCGGGAGGGGUUGCAGCGCGUGAAUCGCAGGCGUGUCUUGUUUCGGAGUCGGUGUCAUUGGAGGUGAUCGUGCGGCGGCGGGCUUCGUGUCCAGGCUGGAAGGAAGCGAUGGACGGUGGCGGUGAUGGUUGUCGUGGAGUGUUGUCGUCGGCGGAGAAGACGGCGGUUGCAGCUGCUGUGCUUGCCGUUGUGAUCCGCAGCCAGAUUGAGAGAACGCCAGGGACGACGAAGGCCAGGCUUUCUGCGCGUCGGCAGAGGCUGCUCGUGCAGAGGGUGGUGGACGCCCCGGAUUGCAUCCGCACUUCGGAGGCCGUCUUCCAGCUCCGUGCCACAGUCGGGUGUGGUGUCGUUCCCCCGGCGACGCCUCGAUGGUGGAUGAAGCGCAGCACAGGGGGCACUUGGGAGGACUUGCGGGUCUGCGACGAUGCGAGUGAGGACUACUUCCGAAAAAGCUUCGCAUGCCUAGCGGUGAUGGUCGACCUCAAUCUGCGCAUUCUGGACCUUUUCGUUGGGUAUCCGGGGAGUUGCCACGACAUCAGGAUCAUGCAGCUAUCCAGCCUGUCCAGGCGCGUGGAAGACGGGACGCUGUUCCGUGGGCCACCUGUGACGUUGUCGGGUGGGGUGAGAAUCAACGGGUACAUCCUGGGCGACAACGGGUACCCUCCAUCGGAAUGGGUGGUGGUCCCGUAAAGAGGAAUCAAUCAAUAUCCCGAUG